UGUUUUUUUUUUUUUUUUUUUUUUUUUGAAGAAUUUAAGAGUGGUUAAACCACCUUUGGGAAAACGCCAGAUGGGUACAAAACAUCCACAUUGGCUAAUUCUGCCACGUGGUAACCGUGAUCAUUCUACGCUUAAAAAUCUAUAAUUUAAUAUCUAAUUACUCAUAAUAAAACAAACUAACAAGAAUACAAGAUAAUAUAUUGUACAGCCAUACACGUGUACCAAUAUAAACCCUUGGAUUAUAACUCUCCAACAAUUAUGAAAGCUCUCCUUGAAAACUAACAAACAAAAAUAAAUAAUUAUAAAAACAAUACAGCUAGAUCGUCUUCUUCCCAAAAAUCCAAUCAUUAUCAACAAAAUAAAAUUACAAUAUUCUUUAUAUAAUUUUUCAAUAUUCAAAAUAAUAAUUGAAGAUUACCCAAUAUUGAAAAACCACAAAUGUUACUAUGCAUUAUAUAGAAACCCCACCAACCUAAUAUUUUUCUCUGCAAAAAGAUAGAAAGAGGAGAAGGAAGAAAGAACAACUUGAAGACCAUUAUUGUCUUCUUCUUCCUUGUUCUUCUCUGAUACUGAACAAUAUGGGUACUCAAGUUUCUAAACAAGUUGAAAGACGAAAAGCGAUCAAAACGGAGAAGAAGGUUCUAGUUGAUCUUCAUCAGAACACCGGAGAAGUUUAUCCCGGCAGUGAUUACCAGCCAUCGGAUCGGAAAAACUGGAUGGGAGAACUAAACCCAGAAAAGCUUCACAUCAAUCAGAUUGUGUGGCCAGGAACACACGAUUCCGCCACCAACAAGAUUGGAAUCCCACUCAUCUCUCGACCCUUUGCUCAAUGCCAAUCCUUAUCCAUAUACAAACAACUCCUUUUAGGUACACGAGUUCUUGAUAUCCGAGUCCAAGAAGAUCGCCGAGUCUGCCAUGGGAUUCUCGCCACGUACAGCAUCGACGUCGUUAUCCAAGACGUCAAGAAAUUCUUGUCAGAGACCCAAUCUGAGAUCAUCAUUCUCGAGAUCCGCACAGAGUUCGGGCACGAAGAUCCACCGGAGUUCGAGAAGUACUUAGAGGAGCAAUUGGGUGAGUAUCUAAUCCACCAAGACGAACACGUCUUCGGUAAGACUGUAGCUGAGCUUUUGCCUAAAAGGAUCAUCUGCGUUUGGAAGCCGAGAAAAUCACCCCGACCAAAAGCGGGUAGCCCGUUUUGGCACGCGGGUCAUUUGAAGGACAACUGGAUCGACACGGAUUUGCCGUCGACCAAGUUUGACAGUAACAUGAAGCAUUUGAGCGAGCAACCUCCAGUCACCUCAAGAAAAUUCUUUUACAGAGUUGAGAACACUGUCACUCCCAAAGCAGAUAACCCUGUUCUGUGCGUUAAACCGGUAACGGGUCGGAUCCAUGGGUACGCGAGACUGUUCAUAGCCCAGUGUUUUGCCAAAGGUUGUGGUGAUAAGUUGCAGAUUUUCUCCACGGACUUCAUCGAAGAGGAUUUUGUUGAUUCCUGCGUUGGGAUGACCCAUGCAAGGGUCGAAGGCAAAGCCUAAUAAUAAUAGGCUAAUAAUUCAUAUUCCUACUCUCUUCUAUAUAAAUUGUCGUUUAAUGUCCAUUUGUUAAUUGUUGUUAAUCUUGGUUUGGGGAUCGACUGUCGUUCUUUUUCUGUAUGUAAGUUUAUUUGUUUAUACCACGAUUGUUGUGUAAAUUAAUGGGAUAUAUACGUUUGGUUUGAAA